AUGCAAAUAGUGGUGAUUGCAUCAACUCCGUCUCAAUCUGAGAUGUUUGAAGCUGGAAGGGUUGAAGUUGCCCUUCAUAAGGAAAUUAUUUUUAGUGACAUUCUGGACGCUAAUGUUCAUGAUGUUCCUUUGAAUGUUGUUUACCCUGAUUCAUACUUUGAGGGGGAGAUUUCUCAAGGAACUAAUAGUGACAUUGAGUCUGAUAAUGAUCAACUCAAUCCUCGAAGGAGUAAGGCUACCUUCUCACUGGGAGCUCAUGACGCUAAAGUUGGAAGUUCUUCUACUGCUGGUGAUCCUUCAGCACCUCCUCCUUCCAAGAAAAUCAAGCUUAUUUUUUUAUCUAAAUGUUUUAGUUGA